AUGGCGCCAACAGCCAAUAAUCUCAAGAUCGUCUUUGGAGGAGGUGCUUUCAUGGUGCCUGAUGGCUGGACUGAGGAAAAAUUGACUGAGUUGCUCGAUUACUUGGAAAAGGAGGGGAUCGACACUAUUGACUCGGCCGAAAUAUACGGAGAGAGCGAGUCGAUGAUUGGAAAAUCCAAGGCAGCAGCCCGUGGGUUUUACAUUGACACCAAGGUUUCUGGUGGAUUGGUGCCAACCGUUCGUGCAACAAAAGAAACUGUCAUCAAGUCCGGAGAGGAGAGUCUGCGGAAGCUGGCCGCUGACCAAGUUGACAUCUACUAUAUCCAUGCUCCCGACCGCCAAUGUCCGUUCAAGGAUACCCUCGAAGGCAUCGAUGAGCUGUACAAAGCCGGCAAAUUCAAACGUUUUGGGUUGUCCAAUUUCACCGCCGAGGAAGUAGAGGAGGUUGUUCGCAUUGCCAAAGAGAACAACUUCGUCGUGCCGUCCGUCUACCAGGGCAAUUACAAUGCUGUUGGUCGGCUUAUCGAGACAAAGCUCUUCCCCACCCUUCCAGGGGGCUUCCUUACCAAGACCCCCGAGGAUAUUACUGUGCAUGGAAAGGGUCGUUUCGACAAGAGCACGGGAUUCUCCGGACAGCUGUACAACUCCCUGUACAACACACCCGUCAAGCUAGACUUCCUCGCCAAAUUUGGCAAAAUUGCUAGCGACGAUGGGAUCUCGCAGGCGGAACUGGCUCAUAGAUGGGUGACAUACAACUCAUACUUGGAUGCCGACAAGGGAGACGCCAUCAUCGUCGGCGCUCGUUUUGGCAGCCAGUUGACCGCAACUCUCGAAUGGUUGAAAAAGGGACCGUUAAGCCAGGAGACUGUUGAUAAGCUUGACGAGAUAUGGAAGGGCGUCGAAGGAGAAGCUAUCCUGGACAACUUCAAUGAUUUUAUUUCCAAAGCAGGAGGAUUGAGCUAG